AUAAGUCAUCUGAUAUCACCCCAUCUUGCACUUCAGAACUCCACGUCAGCCCACUUACUUGAUCUGCUUUGUUAUUUGUGUAAUCAACUCGAACAAUCAACAAAUGCUUACUUAUCACAAUCGCACAGCUUUUUGCCGCCGCACUUUGAUAAGCUCAAAAACCGGCCCAACAACGACUUGCCCCCUUAUUCAUUCGCGAUUCAGACUGUAACUGAUUAAGAUGUUUGUUAGGCAAUUUAACAGAUACUUUUUGCAUAAAUUGCCGCACUCCGGCGACUGUCUGGCACUUAAAAGCCUACUCAGCGCGUCUGUAACCGAGGGGAAUGUGGUAGUCGUACAGCAGCCGAAUGGUGGCGAACCGCUACAAUUUCCUAGCGUUUGGCUACGUGAUAACUGCCAAUGCAGUGCCUGCUUUCAUGCCAAUACGAAGAGCCGUCAGGCAAAUUGGAAGCGUGCUAGUGUGGAGUCACGCAUACGUAGCAUAAAUGGUGGCGCCGAAAAGGAUGUGUUAACAAUAGAUUGGCAGGACAAUCAUAAGUCCACCUUUAGGUUAGACUGGCUACAGGAUAGAGACUUUGCGCCAACUAAUCGUAAGCGCUACAUUGAAGAGGUUUAUAAGCCAACAUAUCAGUUGUGGGGAAAAUCGGAAUUCUCGAAUGUAUUGCGCUCUUUCGAAUUCAAGGAUGUAAUGCAGCAGGAGGAAGUACUUUUGGCAUGGCUGGAGUCACUAGCGAUACAAGGGUUUUCUAGAAUCAAAAAUUCACCACAUGAUCUAACUGUGGCUAGGCAAUUAGCUGAUCGCAUUGGCUAUAUAAAACGCACCACUUAUGGCGAAGAAUUCGAGGUAAAGUCCAAAGACAACGCGCGCAACUAUGCCUAUUUGAUGACGCCACUGCCGCUGCAUACGGAUAUGCCAUAUUACGAAUAUAAGGCUGGCAUAAAUAUAUUACACUGUUAUGUGCAAUCACAAUCGCAGGGAGGCAGCAAUCUUAUGACAGACGGCUUCUAUAUCGCAGAAAAACUACGCAAGGAAUUUCCGAAAUUAUUUGAAAUACUUGUAAAGACACCGGUAGAUUGGUAUGACAUUGGGAAAGAUGGCGGUAUGUCCUUCCAUAAUAUAUGGCGCGCGCCCACAAUUUGCACUAAACGAGAUAGUCAUUUCACCGUGCCACUUGAACAGGUAGCGCCUUGGUAUGAAGCUUACGAUAAAUUCAUUGAACUUGCAUAUGCCGAGGCUGUCAAUUUCAAAACUAAUCCCGGUGACGUUUUCGUCUUUAAUAACUUGCGCAUGCUGCAUGGACGCACUGCAUAUGAAGAUUCACCCACCAAUAAACGGCAUUUGAUUGGUGCUUAUGUUGACUGGGAUAUAAUUUAUUCAAAAAUACGUAUAAUUAGGGCCAAAUAUUCUACUAAAUGUUGAAAUAAAUGCAUAUGAAAGGA